GUUGUAUUGCUCCGAACGCCAGCAGAACCCCACGCCGCUUCACAAUGGCGAAGAAAGCGAAGUCUCGCACCAUCAUGGUGCGCCUCAUCUCGAUGGCGAUGACAGGCUACUACCGAACGUUGAUGCGACCGCGCGUUCACCGCCCUCUGAGCAUGAUGAAAUACGAUCCCAUCGUGCGGAAACAAGUACUCUUCCUCGAGCAGAAGCGUGGAAAGAAAUAGACAACGCCAUCGCCUAGCAUCCUACUUCGCCGCGAUAUGGGCUCAUUGAUCCGCGGGAUCGAGUACCUACGACAAACUGCCCGGGCGAUAUCGAGCGCAAUGCGGAAAUCGGACAAGAGACGGGGUAGCAGCCGGCGCCUGAAGCUGGAGUGGAAUGCCCUCGCACCCUGUCGGGGGCUGUAAAAUAAUGAUAGCAUACUGUACACUACACCAUGCAUAGUUGGGCGUUAUACGACGCAUUGAUACCCACCUCAACCAGGUGAACAAGGCGGAUCAAUGAACGAAUUAGCAUAAAUGCCGGCUCC